CUGAUCAUGUCAACAGCUGCUUUUUAGGUAGGUACUGUGGACCGUGGUCUGUGCUGGUCCAUGCGUUCCAUGUGCACUGUGAACGAGGGGCUAGACUAGAGGCGCUUGUGUUUUCUUCAAUGCCAUGCGUGCCUUUGGCUCUGCUGUCUUUUAAAAGACCAUAAAUUAGCUCACACUUCCCCCUUUUCAAACAUUGACUCAAACAAGUAGGUGGCUACCGAAUCGUACCGAUACUCUUGUAAGCAAUCUUUUUGCCCCCAUUUCUGCGCACGUCAUCACAUCUGUACAGGUCGACCUUAAGGACAAGUGUCUUUCGAGCUGCCACCAGCUGGGGCCGCUUUCUUUGGGUGUAUGGUGGCGCCACCAUGCCUGGCUCCUUUACAGACCCGGGUUCAUCCAGCGAGCGCAGCCGAUGGGGCCAGCUGCAGUCGCCCCUGCUGUCCAGCUCCCCCACUCCUUACGGCAGCUUCAACAACCUGGGCGUUGCGUCCGGCUCCAGGGGGAAGAAGCUGCCACUGGUGGAUCACAAGGGCCGCAUGAAUGUGGAGAUGACCGGCUUCCCCAAGGGCUUCCUGUACUACAACGACCUGUUCCACACGCUGGUCAACCUCAAGAACUGGCGCUUCACCGCACUCCUCUUUGCCGUCUACUUCCUGCUCUUUGUCGUCUUCGCCAUCCCCUUCUACAUCGACGCUCGUCACAACCGCUGCAUCCCGGGCGUCCGCUCCUUCCUGCACGCCAUCUGGUUCAGCGUGCAGUCUGCGCUGACCAUCGGUUUUGGAGGCGAGAUGGUGCCCAAUCCGGACUGCAAGAUGAGCAACUUCUUGGUGGCGCUUGAGGGCGUCAUCACGUUGCUGGUCAACUACAGCCUGCUCGGCGUCGUGUACGCCCGCUUCUCCCGCCCCGCCAAGCGCGCAGGGACGCUCCGCUUCAGCCGCAACAUGGUCCUAUACGAGGAGGACGGCGUGCCGUGCCUGGCGCUGCGCGUGGGCAACAUCCGCAAGCACCAGAUCAUCGAGGCACACGUGCGCAUGCUGGUGGCCAUCAACCGACCAUAUGCAGCGGAGGACGAAAGCGUAUUCCGCUUCACCACCCUGCCGGUGCUGGGCGGCGGGCAGGUGUUCCUGGGCCUGCCGGCCAUCGUGGCGCACCCCAUCACGCCGUCCUCCCCGCUCUACGGCCUCACCUUCGAGAUGAUGGAGCAGUGCGACAUGGAGAUUCUGGUCCUCCUCGAGGGCGUGGACGCGAGCACGAGCGCGAAGCUGCAGGCGCGCGCGUCGUACCGGCCGUCGGACAUCAAGCUCAACUGCUGCUUCUCCACCAUGGUCACCCGCCAGCCGUCCGGCCGCCGCGCAGUCGACUUCCGCUCCUUCGACGCCGUCGUGCCCGUCACGCCCUCGGCCAUGCGCCGCCCACUGCGCUCGCUCGCCUUCCCCGACGCGUCGUCCCCCUCCCCCAACGGCCGCGGCCGGCAUGGUGCGGGGAUGCGCGUGCGCAGCCGCACCCCGCCGCCCGAGUGGGAGCGGCAGGAGGCCACCGUGGCGUGGUCCAUGCCGUCCGAAGAUCAUCUCUCGCGACUGGAAAAAGAACAGGACGCCAACAUGGCGGUGCGCGGGGCGGGCCCCGGCCCUUUAAGCGCGGACGGGCUGCCCCCCGGCGUGCAGCGCACCGUGGAUGAGGGCCGCCAGAAGGCCGUCGAGCGGGCGGCCGCGCAUGCGGCGCUGGAGAGGACCACCGAAUUCACGCCCGCGCAAGCAGCCGCGUUCCAGGCAGUGUGUACGGAGGCCGAGGGGAAGAUACUGGCUUUGGAGGGGCAAGUGCGGCAGUGGCGGCUCGCCCUGCUGGAGUUGGCGGUCAAAGCCCAGCGAGCGGACCUCGAAACCGUCCGCGAAGACGCCAAGGUAGCCAUGCAGCACGUAAUGGCGGCAGGGGGAGUAUAGUAAGCUCUGUUUCAAAAUAACGUAGGCAUUGUGUGGUGCAUGCUCGAAAAGGUAGGAGGAGAGGGCGACGGAGAAAAUUUUUUCCAACUUUGAGGGGAAGAGAAGCGCAUCAAGCGCGAGUCUAGAUGUAGGGCAGCGGCUACAUUGUCAAGAGACAAGGUCACAAGAGUUUUACUGUGAAGUACUUGCUAAUCAACGUGAUCUGAGAGAGGAUCUGGUCUACAAGGUCGAUCCUGUGAGGUCGAUGCUUCAGUCAUUAUUGACAAGCUACAUAAUGAACGGCUUAGAGAGUCACUGGCGUCGGGAGACCAGUCCCUCGCGACGUCAGCGGCGGACAGCGAUUUUCAGUGGUGCAACGAUUCUGCUCGUGUGGCGUCCAUUUUGAAAAGCGGUGGUUGUCGAACCUGCGCGGCAUGCCACAAAAAGGAGAAAAGUUGCUCAAGCAGAGUUUCGCGAUUGGUAUUGCUCCGGCAGAGUUUCGAUUCACG